UGGAGGUCUGUCUUCUCUGUCCUGGAAUUCCCCCCUCAUCAUCUCCCCUCAUGAUUACUGCGGUGUGUAUGAAUGGCCAGGCCGUGAGUGGCAAGUUAAUUUGUCUUUACAGUCUUGCAGGGUGAUGUCGGCCUCACUGUCUUCUUGUUCCUAAACUGUGGCACUUCAACUGACAGAUGAUCGCUGUCAACAGUAUUGGACUUCAGGAAGGGAGGACAAAAAAUAACUCGUCUUACAAAAGGCAUCCUUGAAAUCUUUUAACUGCAGCAAGUCAAGUCACAAGCGGCGGCAAUGAUGCUUGCGUGUAGUUACAUGAAUAGAUCCUUUUAAAAAAAAAGUCUUCGAUGAAGACGUAUCAUGCACCAGUGUGCGUUCGGACUGCGUGUGAUAAAGUGCAUUCAAGGAGUCGUGUUUUUUUUUUCCAUUUUGGCCAGGGCUGAAAAUGACCAGUGAAACGAGAGAGGUCUGGAGCCACUGAAAGUUACCUGCUCAGGGUUACCUUUAAAGGUUUUCUCAAGGUACCUUACCUCACCAGGGGGUAUGCCACCCCCCAAGCCCUUCCCCCACCCAACUCACACACACAACUCCUGCUCACCCACAUAGCUGGAAUGCUUGCACCCUCCACAGAGUUGCCUCUGCACAAAGUUACUCCAUAUGUUGUCACUUUUUCCCCGGGAGGCAGGGAGUCACUUUCCAGCCCCCCGUAGACGAGCACGUCUGCAUCUGAAAAUAGCUCCGACCCACACUGGCUCGCAGGGGCAGGGGGCUCGCUUCUUACUUCCUCCAGUCCUCUGGACCUUAGAUCCUAAAGCACAGUUGAGACCAGCAGGCAAGAGAGGAGGGGAGAGAGCGAGAGAGAGAGAGAGAGAGAGAGAGGAACAAGGAAGGUAGAAGAAAAAGGGUUGAUUUGGUGAUUAUUCCUACAGACGUCUGACUCCUCAAAUACGUAGCCCAGCUUGCUCUUCAUGCUCGGAUAGGCUGAGAGUUCAAAACACAUCUGGAAGGAGAGAUCUUCAACAUGAAUACAGGUACAGAGUCUCAUUCGCCAGAGUCAGAGUCAGAUGUCUGGAGGUCGUACGGCACCGGCGAGCCGCUCAGGAACGGAGACGCCACCUCUUCCUCUCUGGCCGCCAAGGGCUACAGGAGCGUCAGGCCAAACCUGCAGGAGAAGAAGUCGCCCACGCCGCCCGAGGCCUCGUCCGCUCGAAGGCCGGCGUCCUCCGCUGCAGCGGCUCCACUGCCCCCAUGGGGCGUCUCGUCCCCCAACCUCCUCCUCUGCCCCCGGUCCGACCCGGUGGAACUCAACACCCAACUUCCCCCUCCGCAGAGCCCCCCUCCCCCUCCUCCUCCCCCUCCCCCUCUCCUGUCCCCUUCCCCGUCCCCGGUGGGCGACCCGCGGGUGGCCCAGAGCGGCACGGCGUCGGCCCUCAGCCAGUACUCGGUGCGCAGCGUGCAGAGCGACGUCUCCACGGCCCUGCUGGAGGAGCUGCGGGGCUGCCAGGGCUCGGAGGCCGGCGGGGGCACGCGCACCCCGUCCCCCACGCUGAGCCAGAGCUCGGCCCUCACCGACGACACUGCGCUAACCUCCGCUAUCACUGCUAAUGGCCAGAUGACGGUGAAUGGAAGCCUAGGUGUGCCAGGAGGCCCUCACAGUCACUUCCAGAGGCCCUUCUCCCCGUCCGCUUACCCAGCACCGCCAUCCUUCAGCCCGGGGCUGUCGCUCCUGUCAGCCUCUCACAGGAGCACGGAACCUAGCAGUGGCCCUGCCCAUGCCAACACAGCUCCUGCGGCACCAGCAGCCCCAGAGGUCCCUGCCUAUGUCCAAGAGACAGAGGAAGAGGCAAGGAAAACACCCUCGCUGAAGCCACAGCACUACACUGGCAUUGGCCCCCUGGAUGAGUCCGGGAUACCUAUCGCCAUCCGAACGAGCGUGGACAGGCCAAAGGACUGGUACAAGACCAUGUUCAAGCAGAUCCACGUCGUACCCAAACCAGAUGAUUAUGUACAGAACACCCAGAAUGUCCGUACAGUUAGUAGUACUGAAAAGCGUGGCACUACCAAUUCUAUCCAGGCCCACCCUGCACCCAAAACCCACACCUACAGACCCCUCCCGAAGAGCGCGUCAGAUAACGGCACCUACACCUUCCAGACGACCAGCGCGCCCUCGCCGGUGCCCCAUUCCUCCCCGGCUCCCUCCCAACCCCACUCUCACACCCACCCUCGCACUCGUGAGCGAGAGAAGGAGCACGACCGCACCCCGAGCACACCAGACAUGAACGAUUGGGGACCUCCAGACCGGAAAGUGGAUACUCGGAAAUACCGCGCCGAGCCCAGGAGCAUCUUCGAUUACGAGCCGGGCAAGUCCUCCAUCUUGGAGCAGGAGAAAGCAAUGGGUAAUUUAAUCCCAGAUGAGAUAGAUUUAGAGAAUGAGCCCUGGUAUAAGUUCUUUUCUGAGCUGGAGUUUGGACGGCCGCCUCCCAAAAAACGCCUUGAUUAUAACCCAGAGAGCAUACACCGAGUCAAAGCAGAGACUUCUCUGUACCAGACCCCAGCAGUGAGGAGCCAGGAGCGGCCGUCAAGUUCCGCCAGUGACAACCGCAAGAGGCGGAAGUCGGAGCCGGCAUCAAGCCAUCAGCGGCCACAGAGCAGCCAGAGUGUCAGCCAGGGCGUCAGCCAGGGCGUGAGCCAGGGCGUGAGCCAGAGCGUCAGCCACCCGGGCUCCUUCCUCCCCGCUGAGACGCCCCGGAGCGGCUUCACCCAGAGGAUGCCCCUGAGCACCUCCUCCUCCUCCUCCCCCUCCAGAUCGAAAGGUGGGGAUUUUAGCACCAUGUAUUCAGCACAUUUCAAUGGUUUAAGUCACGACCCAGAUAACUUGCAUGACUCCAUCCCCUCGUGUCAGAAUGAGGACCAGCAUGACGACGGGGUGUCUAGCAUCCCCUCGUGUCAGAAUGAGGACCAGCAUGACGACGGGGUGUCUAGCAUCCCCUUGUUGGUCUCGGGGAGCCCUCCCCAUCUUGAGAACGGUUGGCGUUCAGAACAGCUCGAGUCGUAUUCCUUGGAAGGGGGUGUCAGAGGUGGUUCUGAGGAGCGGACCUCGCCCAAGCUCAAGUCCCGAAGCUGCGAUGACCUGCUGACUGAGGAACCGGGCCGGGCCGAGGAGACCCAGGUCCGGUCAGAGAGCACCGGCUCGCUCCUGCACGCCAGCCAGGAGCAGAAGGGACCUUGUGAGAUUCCGGAGGCACGCCGGGAGCGCGUCAGGCAUCGUUCGGCGCACGAUGCUCCGGGUUUCCUCAAGCUCUACCGACGGAUGCACCACAUCGACCGACGUGACAUGAUCAGGUCCGAGGUCAUCUGCUCCGUCAAGGCCCGCAUCCACAGCUACGAGCGGGAGCAGCGCAGGGACCGCUCGCCCAGUGCCCUAGGAGGGAACAAUGAGGUCCCCCAGAACAUGGUGCCCAACCGGAUCACCCAGUUCGAGAUGAUGAUCCAGAAGUCCAAAUCCAUGCCCAACCUGGGCGCCGAGGGCCGGUCCCGUCCGCCCUCACGGAGGAGCACCAGCCCCAAGCGCAGCUUCUCCACCGAGUCCUUCCUGGACGAGGACCCACCCGUCAGGAACCCGCCGGCCAGGAACCCACCCGCCAGGAACCCGGCCCCCAGGAACCCGCCCGAGGGGCGACCGCAGUGCCCCAGGGUGAACGCCCACCCCCCGCCGCCUGUGCCGCCUGUGCACAUCCACAUCACAGCCGACAACCUGCGUCUGCCCGUUCCCCCCCAGCACGACUGCUCGGACAGCGAGCAAGACGCCGUGGUGUCCGACCUGAGCGACUUCAUUCAGAUCGAGGGCUCGUCCCUCUGCAGCGAGAGCGACUUCGACCAUUGCUCCUUCACCUCCUCAGAGAGCUUCUACGUGCCCGGGCACAACCACCACAACCACCACCAUCAGCACCACCCACGCCACCACCGUCACCACCAUCACCAGUACUUCCAGCAGCACCGUCAACUGGUCAGCACCUGCAAGGGCCACUGCCCAGCCUCCUACACCCGCUUCACCACGAUGCUGAAGCACGAGCGGGCCAAGCAGGAGUGCCGGCAGCCGCUGAGAGGGGAGGAGCCCGACUCAGGGCUGGACAAGCUGGCCUUCCUGGUCAGCCCGGUGCCCUUCCGUCGGAAGAAGACCUCGUCCUCGUCGUCCUCUUCUGCCUUCAGGCACGGCUGCAUGCCACGGUCCAAGAGCUCCGUGUACGAGGCCCUGGACUCAGCCCUGAAGGACAUCUACGACCAGAUCCAGGCGGAGAAGCGCCGCGGCAGCCUGCCGGACAACAGCAUCCUCCACCGCCUGCUGGCCGAGCUGCUGCCGGACAUCCCGGAGAGGCAGUCCUCGCUCGGGGCGCAGCGCGGGGUCAGCCCGGAGCCCCGGCACCUGAAUCAGCGGCCCGACGGCAUGGCCAGCCAGGACUGGUGCCAGCCCGAGGUCUCGCAGCGUCUUCCCCGCAGCGUCUCCUGCCACUCGCGCAUGGACCGCAACCACAGCGGCAGCACCGCCGGAAGGCAGGAGGGCCUCUUCCUCCUCAACGGCUCCGAUCACGGCUACGAAGACCCAGACGCUUCCAAGGGCUACUCACAUCCAGAUAUGGGGCGGUACACUCCUCAAAGCAGGAGGCCAACACCAGAAGUAACAGAGAAACAACCAGCCAGGGCGAUAUACGACUUCAAGGCACAGACAGCAAAAGAGCUGACUUUUAGGAAGGGAGAUGUGGUGUACGUUACAAGACAAGUGGACCGCAACUGGUAUGAGGGAGAGCUGCAUGGCCGAGUGGGGAUCUUCCCCAUCUCCUAUGUGGAGAAAAUCCCUCCAUCAGAGAGGCAACAGCCGGUCAGGCCUCCUCCCCCGGCCCAGAGCAGAGAGAUAGGAGAGGCCGUGGCACGCUACAACUUCAACGCUGACACCAACGUGGAGCUUUCUCUGAGGAAGGGUGAGAGGGUCAUCUUGCUCAGGCAAGUGGAUGCUAACUGGUACGAGGGCAAGAUCCCCAACACCAGCAAGCAGGGCAUCUUCCCCGUGUCAUACGUGGACAUCGUCAAGAGGUCGUCCGCUAACGCCAAGGACAGCACGUUACCCCAAAGCUCCUCCUGUGACGGGGGUCUCAGUGGAAGCUCCACCAGGUCCCAGAGACAAACUUAUGUGCAAGAUCCACUACAAGGAGCUGGAGAACCUUUCCAGGUCCUUUACAACUACGCCCCUCGUAAUGAAGACGAGCUGGAGCUGAAGGAAGGAGAUGUUGUUGACGUUAUGGAGAAGUGUGAUGAUGGCUGGUUUGUAGGAACGUCCAGAAGAAGUAAGUUCUUUGGCACCUUCCCUGGGAAUUAUGUGAGGAGGACAUAACGUGAGAGCGACACGCUCAACGCCACCGAGCCGACCCAGAGGAGGAGGAGGACAGAACGAGAGGAUAGACGAGGAGCUACAGCAGACAGUCUACCGUCUAGAAGAUAAUUCGCCCAACUGCAAACAAACAACCAAGCAAAGAAACAAACAAACGUAAAGAAAGCGGCCCUAGCAUUCACCUCGUGAGGUUCAUAAAUAUUCCAGUCAUGAAGCACCAGUGGCACUACAGGACAAAGUGGCCUUGAAAGGGCUGAUUUGCACCAAGUCCGGUAUUUGGUUUUAUAGGUAUUUUCUUACUACGUGAUUCUCAGUCCGUGACAGGAAGGGGUGACCGUGGCACCUAGGUGUGGUUGACUGUUAAGGACACUUCAACGAGGACAAAUCUCCACGGACAUGUCUGCCUUUCAGCCAUGCUAGUUAAGUUUAACGUAAUGAAGAACCAAGUGCCCUAUUUCAUUUUUUUUAUUUAUAAAAUGGUAUAUAUUUUUUUUCUCUUCUCUUGUAUUCGGGGUACAUUUUCAUUGUUUAAGGAAGGCUAGAUUAGAAGUGCUCAUCCUUUUUUUUUUUUAAGCCUCUCAGACCUGUGUGUCUGGCCUUGUUUCAUACUGUCUGUCAUGGUGCAAAAAUGAGUGUGAGUGCAGCCGCUUCUACCCCCCCAUCCCCCCAGACCGUGUCUGAUUCUGAAACGAGUCUGGACCAGUUCUGGCCCGUACCCUGUGGACCCCGUGCUACGUCGGGGACAGAACCGGUUCUGAGUCAGAUGCCGUCUAGGGUCUGCGGUACAUUUGUGCCAGGCUCCACGGCUCUCAGAGCACCCCAUUCCUACCAGCGAAACACUCCUUUUUCUCCACCUACCCAUCCAAACAGGUCCAGGUCAGAGGAAAGGGUUCACCUGACUGUUCAUAAAUCCCCCUCGCCCCCGCCCUCGCCCAUGCCCCCCACCCUCCAGACAUUCCUCACACACCUGACGGACUGUACAACUGAGCACGAAACACGGUGAUAUUUUUAGUGAUGUUUAUAAGAUGCAAUCCCCCCUGGAAGAGCACCUUUAAGAGGACCCAUGGCUGUAAGGUAUAAAUAUUAUAUAUAUAUAUAUCCGAUUUCACUGUCCACUGCCUGGCAACAAUGUUUCUCUGUCUUCUCACGCUGUGUGACUGUGUAUUACUCAGCUUCUCCCGUAAGGAUGGAUUGUAGGGAAGUUGAGGAGUUAAAUGAGAAUCUACUGUAAAGACUCUAAUGUACACCCCGGCAGACUCAGUGUUUUUCGACCAGUCAUCCCAUUGGUAUGGAUAUGGUUAGGUCAAGAAAAAUGAAUCAAAUCGAUUUUAUUUCAUCAUUCUGGAGAUCUCUUUCCAUUUUGAAAAAAAAAAAAAUUGUUAUUUAAUAUAUUUUGGUAAUUUUGCAAUUCCAUUGUACAAUUGUGUCAAUAUUUAAAUAUUUGUGGGAUGCGGUAGCCCCAGAACAGUGUAUUUUGCAACCACCUAUGAUAAUAAUGUCUCGGUUAUGAGUUUAUUGUAUUCUUUAUACUGUCAACUACAGUGCAGAUUUGAAACAAAUAUGCAAAUGUUAUGUGAUCACUAAUUCAUUUCCAAGUUAAGGUUAAAUUAUUCUGAUGUCAUUCAGGUGAAAGUAAAAAAAAAAAAAAAUAGUGAUAAAAAAAUAAAUAAACAAUUUUAGAAGCACCUUAAAAUUCCAUAACCUGGUAUUUUAUCUUGUUACACUGCCUGAUGUCACCACACUGAACCAUAGUGGAUCUUUUUUAGAUAUGAAAUAUAUAUAAGAAGUGAUAAAUCAAGGAAUGCCUCUGUAUUAACUCAGCCUGCUUCUCCUGUCUUCCAUUCUGUGUGGUUACAUUUGGAGUUCCUAAGUCUGCACCUCAGCUAGCAUUUAUGCAACCAAGAGUACAGACAAGAAAUGUGUAUGUGAAACUCCAGACGAUGAAGAUGAAGAUGAAGAUGAUGUCAAAUCAAGAGAAGAGGCCCCAAUGGAAAUGACAUUAUAAACCAAACGUAUGAGUAAGGGUAUCUUUGGGUCCCGUCCUCGAAGAUACAAAUACCCUUAUGGGGUUGGGAGUGUGAGAUGGCGUGGUGAAUUUUUAAUACGGACUUAUUUUAAGUGAUCCCCAGGAUAGUCGUGUCGGCUCCUUGGUCUCCGGCACGUCCCCCGGCGGCCCACCAUCUGGAUGGAUACUCUACAGCGCACCGACUGGCAAGCCAAGUGUGAGGUCAACCUUUAUUUUUUUAACUCAUUUUUGGUGGAAUUGUACAUUAAAUAAAUUCUGUCUGACACAC